CCCUCCUCCCCGCCCAUGAUUUCACAUUCGGCAGCGCGAAGUGCGACGCACACGAAGGCGUCGGGUCGCGUCGUCGAAUGCCGCUAUCGCCUGAUCGGCGAAGGAGAGAGAGAGAGUCAGUGUGCAUCGCGGUGGCAGCGAUUGGCAGCAGCAUAUUGCGACGAGAAUUUGAUCAAGAAUCUAAUCAACGCGGAGAACAACGACGAGAUGUCGAGCGGCGCGGACGAGUGCAAGCUGAAGGGCGGUCAUCCUCCGGCAGUUAAGGCGGGCGGCAUGAGGAUAACGCAGCACAAGACGCCGAAGGACGAGCGCGAGACGAAGCCCAGCAGCAAAGACGUCGAGGAGAGCAGGCCGUCCACCAGUCCGCCGAAGACGAUAAUGAUUAGUGGCGCCCCGGCUAAAGGAAACGCCGAUUUUCCGCCAGAAGCUGUGCAACACUUCCACGAGAAACCCACACCGACACACGACGCACGACCGGCGCAUUGUUCGCGUCCCAUUAUCAUUCAGCAGCCCAGGAAGUGAGCCAUACUUUGCAAACUGUGUAUCAUACUGAUGGACCUUGUCCACAGUCAUUGAAUUUACGAAAAAAAAAGAUAAUUAUACAAAUACAUAUAUGGGAGAUAGGUAUAUAUUAUAUAUAUAUAUAUAUAUAUAAGCGUACUUAAAACGUUUUUAAAAAAGUUAUAAUCGACGAAUUUGGAUUUCAUGUUCGAGCCUUUAACCGACGAAUGAUCAAACAAUCUUUCAUUAAUAAGGUACAAGGAAAUUUUUAAGACAGAGAAAAUCGGAAUAAAUUUGCGAUUGUGAGAGACGUUGGCGAAUUGGGGCCCAUUCAAAAAAAAAAAACAUUUGAAGAUCGGGCAGGUCCCGUGUAAAUAAUUGGUUAAAGGCUCGAAGAAGCUUGAUAUCUCAUACACUGAGAUGUGAGAUCAUCUCACGAGAAAUAUUAUACUAUAUUAUUGUUAAAAACGAAAGAGAAAAAGUUUAUUUUUGACGCCACAAGACUCUUUGUAUCGGCAUUUAAGAUUCCAUAUACGGGCUUUUGCGAGCAUAUCUUCGACUCGUUAUCGCACGUUUUAUCUUUAUCUUAUCGUUCCUUUUAUCCUAGACACGAUGCGUUUGCUAUGAUUACAUUAUUUUGAUUGAGUAUUGUAAUAUAACAACACUGUCACCGUUUUGGGGACCAGUAUGUACUGCGAUGUACUUGUGAUGAAAUUCUUUUGCAUUUAGUUGUAUUUUCAACCUUCGGUUUUUUAUUUUACUUUUUAUAUCUGACCAUAGCAUAGAAAUCAGAUACAUCAGUAUCGCUUUGAACUUCAGGAAAUUGAAACACAUUUGUUAAUAUGGGUUAACGUUAAUGUAAAUUAACAUUAACACAAAUUAACAUGCAUUAUUGUAAAUUAAGCGUGUAAAUGUCGAGCGAGAUUUAGUUGGCGACAGUUUGUAUAACAUUUGAGAAGGAAUAAACAUUCAUAUAUGUA